CCGCCGCCCGCCGCCGCGCAGGGGCCGCGGCCGCGGCUGCAGGAGCAACAAGAACCUUUGAAACCACACCUGACAAUGUGCGGUCUUAAAUGCUGCGGCCCCAGAGCCCUUUUUCUAUUGAUGCUGUGUAGGUCAAUGCACAUUCCUGAAGCUGAAGGAAAAGGUGAAAUUCUACCCCCAACUAUACAAAAAAUAAUAAAAGGAUACAACAAGUAUCUACGUCCAUUUUUUGAUAAUGGUCCCGUCUCAGUUGGAAUGAGUCUGGAUAUUGCAAGCAUUGAUACAAUAUCAGAAAUAAAUAUGGACUACAUGGCUACCAUAUUCCUAAGGCAGCGAUGGACUGAUGAGAGACUUUGUUUUGAUGGCAAUAAGAGUUUAAGCUUAGAUGGUCGGCUUGUGGAAAUGCUUUGGGUACCGGAUACCUUCAUAGUUGAUUCAAAAAAGUCUUUUCUUCAUGAUAUCACUGUUGAGAAUCGUCUUAUAAGAAUAUACCCUAAUGGAACAGUCUUGUAUGCUCUACGGAUCACCACAACUGUUGCAUGCAGCAUGGAUCUGACCAAAUAUCCGAUGGAUAAGCAGACGUGUACUUUGCAACUGGAAAGCUGGGGUUACAACAUCAAUGAUGUCACCUUUUACUGGACUAGAGGAAAUGAUUCAGUUCGAGGUUUGGACACGCUCCGACUGGCACAAUAUACAGUAGAAGACCAUUUUACCUCGGUGUCCGAAGCGGUGUAUGAGACAGGACGUUACCCAAAACUAGUGUUCCACUUUGAACUCAAGAGAAACAUCUUGUAUUUCAUACUGGAGACAUAUGUACCAUCCAUCCUGCUGGUUGUGCUCUCCUGGGUAUCGUUUUGGAUAAGCCAGUCAUCAGUUCCAGCCAGAAUCUGCAUAGGUGUUACCACAGUCCUUACUAUGACAACACUGAUGAUGGGAGCCAGGACUUCACUUCCAAAUGCUAAUUGCUUUAUAAAGGCAAUUGACGUGUACCUCGGCAUCUGCUUCAGUUUCAUCUUUGGAGCUCUGUUAGAGUACGCCGUGGCUCAUUUCUGCACUCUGCAUCGACUCGGUUCAAAGGAACUUCCAAAGGAUGAGGAUGAAGAGGCUGAAGAAGAGAGGAAUGGAGUCCUGGCAGCAGUGGCUAACAGUUGCAGUGCCCCUGACAAUAUGAUCGAGACCGACUCAAACAAGAGCAGCAAAACCAGCAUCAAUGGAAAAAAGGAGAAAAGUAAACGCAGUGGGUGUAGUUCACCAAUGUCGGUAAUGAAAAGACUUUUCUGUAUCUUUGAUUGCUUCCAUGUUAAAAAUCCUUACCACAUAGACAACUAUGCCAGAUUUUCUUUCCCGUUAUCAUUCAUCAUAAUUAAUGUACUUUAUUGGGUAUAUUAUCUGUAUUUCUAAAUGUUUUAAUGUGUAAAAUCGGUUUAAAGUUUAGAAAGUGGCUGUGGGAGGGGAAGCUGCAGAAGAAUGAAGAAGUUGCAUUUGGAUAAAGGGAUGUGAAAGGACAUGCCAUCUUUUCAAACAUUUCUACAAAGUUUCUUGUUAACUCACUUUUCCACUGUUAAAUGACUGUCAUCCCAAACUGACUUUCCUAUUAGCAUGCAUGUC